UAUUGUUACAGAUUUCUCCGUUCUCGUGGUUAUAAUGAGUUCGAUUGGACCGCAGUUACCCCCCGGGUUGGAGACCAAAGUUGAUGACUCAGCGAGUGAUAGUGACAGUGGUGAAUCCGACAGUGACAUCAUCGGCCCGAAGCCGCCGAGCUCUUUUGAAGCCAUUUCUUCAGCUAGUUCAGCUGCGCUGUCGAUAGAACGACGACAGCUUGUCAUGAAGCGGAAAUUGGAAGACAUGGGGGAAGAGAAGCCCCAAGGCAGAGAAACAUGGAUGCUGGAAUUGCCGGAUGAAAAGCGUAGCCUGUUGGGCUUGGGCCCGAGGAAAUUCAAAACGAAAAAUUUGACUGACAAGGAUAAGGAUAGAUCAUGUUGGACCGAUACGCCUGCCGAUAAAGCUCGGAAAGAAAAGGACGCUGAUCAUACAGAAAAGCGUAAGGAACCGCCAAAUCCUGAAGAUAUAGCAGCGUCUGCGAGAGACAAGCGACUUCAAAAAAUUGCCGACAAGUGCAAUGCAAAAAGAACCGAAUCCCUUCUUGAGUUGCACAAGCGAGGAAUUUCGUUGCCUGACAACGCCGCUGCUGAAAAAGUUUCAUCGGCGAGUUUCUCGGAGUCUGAUUCAUCGUCUGAGGAUGAAAAAGCUAAGCGGAAGAGAAGAAGAAAAGAGAAGAAGGCGUUGAAAAAACUCAAGAAAGAGCUUAAAAAAUGUGAAAGGGAAGAGAAGGGCAAGAAGUCUAAGUCACGAGUAAACGAAAAAUCUAAAAAGAAGAAGAAAUCUGACGUGACCCCCGCUGUCACCGAACGAGUUCGCGAAAUGUUGGCGAAAAAUAUUGAAACGGCGCAUUUGGACGCCAUUCAUGACGUGAAGAUUGAUCCGUCGGGUACAGUGUUGGCAUCGUGUUCAUCCGACGGUUCCGUGAGGCUGACGGAUGUUCAGUCUUCUCGCGUACUGGACGUUCUUCAAAUUCACACCGCACCUGUUUGGUCCGUCAGUUGGGCGCCGCCGGUGUACGGUAAUCUGUUGGCCUCUGGUUCUUACUGUGGCAAAGCCGUCAUUUGGUCGUCUCUCCCUGGACCGAAUUGGAAGUUUUCUCCGCUCUACGAAUACCAACACGGAUGUUCCGUCAAUUGUGUAGCAUGGACACCAGCGCAGGCGAAAUGUGCAUCACUCGCUGCUGCCUGCUCGGACGGGGUUGUCGCCAUCUUGAACCGCCGAGCAGAUGGCUCUGGCUUCGAGGUGGACAAGAUUGUUGGAGCACACGGGGUUGCCUGUGCUGCGGUUUCCUGGUCUCCGACGGGAGAAGAACUCGUUUCCGGCGGCUUCGACAAUCUUGUGAAGAUAUGGCGACGAGAAAAAUCAUGGGUCGACGUUGCGGUAUUGAAUGGACAUGCUGGCUGGGUCAGAGACGUUCAGUGGUGUCCUGUUAACAACAAUACACUGGCUUCAUGCAGUGACGACGAUCAGGUUAAAAUUUGGGAAGCGUCAGAUCCAAGCCAUGCUACUUGGACCUGCAAAACCAUAGACUUCAAGGAUAAAGGAACACCUUGGCACGUAAGCUGGUCGCUGUGUGGAACCUUAUUGGCUGUGUCCAGUGGAGAAGGAACUGUUACCCUCUUGAAGAAAUCCACGGACGGAUCUGGCGAGUGGUUUCACAUUUCCAAGUCAGAACGAGACAAGAUGACGGCCAAGUCCAGCAGCGCGGACGUUGCUCAUGUGCAAGCAAUGCAACAGUGAUGGUUAAUUUCCCUGCGAGACGCGCGUCGCCUCGAACUUUGGGGGGGG